UCCACAGCAACAUCAGCAGCAUCCGCAGCAGCAGCAGCAACAACAGCCUUACGGCGCGUGGCGUGGCGGUCAGUACAGCCAGUGGCCGCCGCGGUACCCGGCCCCUGGCCAGUGGGGCGGCACCACCACCUCGCCGGCCCCACCCGGCGCCAGACCGGCCGGCCGGCCCGACAGACCCGGCGUGACGGCCAAGCCGAUGCCUGCCUCGUACCUGCGGCCCACGUUCCCGCCUGACAGUGUGGAGGCCACGCUACCCGUCCUGGCGCGGCGGCGGCGCGGCACACGCGCGGACGUCGGCCCCGUGGACGGCUGGCGGCUGACGAUGGCACUGCGCUCCGGCCAGCUGGCCGAGAGCCGCUGGGCGCUAGACGUGCUGCAGAUCCUGUCCUUCGACGACGCUUCCGUGUCGUGGCUGGGCCUGGCUCGCAUGCCCGGUCUGCUGGCGGCGCUGCUGCAGCACUUCCGUCAGUCGUUGGCGGCCAUGUUCUCGCGGCGCGCUGCCGGAGAGUGGUUCGAGGGAGGCGCUGAGGGGGAGCCGGAGCCGGACCUGGGUGUCUGCCGGCCGGCGGACACCUCGGACAGCGAGAAGGUGCUGCACGGCGCCGACUACACGCGAGUGUCCCGUCUGGGUAGGGCCGUGGAGCUGGCCGACUGUUCGGAGACGAUCCUGGUGUCGCCUCGCCGGCGCGCCUGGGAGGCCGACUCUGCCGACGCUGACGGCGGCUGGGACCACGUCCUGACGCACGUGAAAGUUGAGAGCGGCCGGAUACCGUUCCAGCGGCGGCUGGUGGACGGACGAAUCAAGGAGGAGCCCGCAGACGAGCCGAUGGAAGACGCCCCGAAGGUGAACGGCCAGGCACCGCUGGAUGAGCGGCUGGCCGGCUUCGAGGAGCCUGGUUUCUUCCUCAGUCGGUUGAGACGUGUGGCUCCUCCGGCGGACUGUGGGGAAGGCGUAAAACCGAGUGCGGACGACAAUGUUAAGUCCAGUGCGGAAGGGGACGUAAAACCUGGUGGGGACAGUGAUCAGGACGCAAAGCCGAAUGCGGACGGUGUGAAAAGUGAUGCAAAGCCCAGUGCGAACGAUGCGAAGGGGGACGCGUGCGAUGCGAGUGUAAAACAGGAGGCAAUGGAUGUGGACGUUAAACUGGAGCCAGGCGAGCCGCCGGUGAAGGAGGGUGAGUCGGCUGUGAAGGCUGAGCCCGUUCCGGCGGAGGAAGGGAAGCCGGUCGCUCUGCCGAAUGGCGCAGUGUCUCCUCCCGCGCCGGUGCCCAGCGGGAUCCUUCCGCGCGGCUCGCUGAAGCGGCCACCACCCGACGAGGAGGACGAGUGCCAGCAGCGGGACGAAUCGAGCCUGUUCCUGACGUCGGAGACCCAGGAGAGCGUGGCCACUCGCUGUCUAGCUGCCAGCACCAUCUUACGGAACCUGUCCUUCGUCCCGGGCAACGAGGCGGAGCUGGCGACCGAGCCGGUUCUGGUGCUGCUCGGCGACCUGCUGCAGCUGCACCACCGGCACCCGCCGCGCGCGGCCGCGCACACAAACUACGACCGCGACGAGGAUGCCGACCAGCGCGAGCCGUGCCCGGCUUUCGGCGGCGACGACUGGUGGGCCGACUUCCUUCCGGCGCUGCACGAGCACGCGCUGGUGACGCUCACCAAUAUCGGCGGCCAUGUGCGACUGGGCGGGCACGACGAGGCCGUGGUGCGGCCCGUGCUGGACGGUCUGCUGCACUGGGUGCAGUGCCGCUCCUCGUAUGCGGCCGACCCGCUGCCCGUCAGCGGCGCCGCGCUGCCGGCCGCCCGGUUGGCGCUCGAGGCGCUCUGCCGGCUCUGUGUGCACGCGGACAAUGUGGAUCUGCUGCUGGCCACGCCGCCCGGCUGGCGACUGGAGCGUGUCUGUCGGCUGGCGGCCGGCUGGGUGGCUGCCGAGGGGGACCAGGUGCGCAGGGAGAUGGCGCUCACUCUGCUGCACGCUCUUGCCGCAGUGGACGAGCGGGUGGGGCGCGUGCUAGCCGCCGAGACAGACCUGACCGCCACGCUGGUGCGGUUCGUGGAGGCGGCCGAACAGAGUGCCAUGAGCGUGGCCAAUUCGCAGGGCGUGAAUGCGCUGCGGGAGAACCCGGACCUGAUGGGCACCAGUCUGGACCUGCUGGGCCGCGCCGCGGGUCUGCUGGUCAGCCUGGCGCCGCUGGCCGAGGCGCGGCCGGCGCUGGUGCGCUGCGAGGCGCGCCUGCUGGCGCUGGUUACGUCGCAGAUCCUGGACCAGCGGGUGGCCGCGCAGCUGUCGCGGGUGCUCUAUACGGUAGCCCUGCCGGCCGGCGAGCGGGGAGUGUAGCGCGCGCUGUGAUCGAUCGGGGCGGCCCGAACUAUUGUUCAUCGCUCCCUGCCGCAUUCAUACUGUACAUGUCCAAAGCGCUCUGGGUUCAGCUCCGAUGAAUUCCUGAAUAAAUGUUCAUCUGUUGGUAGU